GUUGAGAGUUUGAAGUAGACGAUGUCCACUGUUCAUAAAAGAGCAAAGUAAGACUCCAGCAGAUCCACACGAACAUGUUGAAAAGAAGAUCAGCAAAACUAGCAAGAGCGGUGUCCUCCACCAGCUUCCUCGGCGCUUCAUGCCAAGCCCUCUGACAACGUGCUUGCUUGACCACCAAGCUUUCUGCGAUGUCUGGUGGCGUGCAGGACCGAACGCUCAUGUUGUCUUUUCCCCCUCGUCGUGGUCCACUACCUCGUCGUGGUCCAGUAGUACGGCGGCCAAGCAUGACCAGGAGGAUUACGCACGAUCCGAGGUUUCGCAAGAUGAAGUGGCAGGCGCGAGAAGGGCAGGGAAUAAAUCCCGUUUCGCUAAUUACCCUGGCAAAAAAAUCAAUGCGACCGCCCCACAAGGAUCCGAGAAUGAAGCGACGGUCGUUGACGCAAGGACCGUCUGUACCGCUUUGGAGAAUGGUCCAGAAGAUGUGGCCAUUUUUGCAGCUGCAGGUCAACUACAUCCCGACGGUUCGGCCACGUCGGCCGGCGCUGCAGGUCGUGCAGCAGCUUCGUGGAAACACUACCGUGCCACCAGCAGCGGCGACGGCGGGGAAGAAGAUCUCUCCCGCCGCGACGCCACGGCAAACUGGGUUAUCGGGAACACGCGACAGCGAGUGAUCCCUGCUGGGAGACGAGGAUCUGAACUAGUGGUCGAUCAUUUGCUGGAGUACAUAACGCACUGCGGGGCCGUAUCCUCAGUAAAAACAUCCCCACCCCAGAGUUGUCAUGCAAAUGCGCACUGACAGGAACAGUUGUAGUGCGCGCCUCCAUGAGAGGCAUUUUCAGUCGUGUUUUGGAAUUUGUACUGCUGCAAACGGGACGAGAGAAUGGCUUUCUCAUGCGGCUUCCCCUGCCAACCAGCACUACACUGCAGAGGAAAACUUGUCAUGCACAGCUCCCAAAACUUGGAGAUUUGUGUUGCUAGAUUCCCAACUUGACUAUGGGGUGGGUACGUUUUUGCUUAGGAUAGGCCGAAUUUUCUCGGGAUGUCGCCGCGUACCUGGAGCGGAGCGCGUGGCAUCUGGACGCCAUCUAUCAAAAGUAAAAAUGUCUGGGUCUGGAAGAAUGCAAGUUUGUCAUGCUUGUCUGGCAUGACUCUUAAAUCUGUCAUGCACAUUAACAAAGAGCCCCACUUUUCUGUCAUGCAGAAACGUAGUUUGUCAUGCAGAAUAGGCAACACCUAGAAGCUCAGAAACUUGUCAUGCUGAGCCAGCAAUUGUGGCCUCCUCAUGAUAUGCCACACAGCAUCACAAGUUUCCAGACCCAGACAUUUUUACAUUUGAUACCAUCCAAUUGGGCCUGCUGGCGUCCUACUUCCGAGACGCGCUAGAGCUCUGGCCAGCCUACCGGGAGACCAUCUUUCUUCGCCGGCAGAGCUUAGGUUUACGGUGGCCGCAAGUGCUUGUAGCGGUACUAGUGCGUGAAGAUCAUGGGGGUGAUGGGCAAGCAGAUCUUCGUGAAGAACUACCUUUGAGUGAAUCUAUACCAGAAACUCUUCCUUUUUCAGCCGGGCCCGGGCCCGGGGAGUUCAAAGUCGCGUCCUCCGACCAGGAGAAGAACCUCCAGGCCCGCCAAAUCAGCAUAAUCGUCUCGGAGCGGAACUACAAGACCGAAAUAAAUCCGUAUCGGACACACUUGUCCUCCUCUCAACAUCUCGUUAGCUCCAGUUUGCAAGAGCUACUCGAGGCCUACAGAGAGGCCCUGGAGUACUUGACGAAAAAAAGUUUUUACCGCGGGUCACGACAGCACCACCCACCAUCUGCAGCUCCUGCGGCUGCAUAUGAUUAUUGGAAUUGGUCCCCGUUCGACGUCGCACAGCCACAGCGACGCGCCGCCGUUUUAUUGAACACGCUGUGUACCGUUGCCGUCCUCUCGAGCUCAGAACAACUACCGGUGGCGCAUGAAGCAGACGGCCACACUGGAACUACGCAAGAGCUGCCAGAGCAAGAAGAGCUUCUUCAUCGGCUGAAGGAGCAGGAACUGCGCAAUAUUCGUGCGACAUUGCGUUUGUUGACAGGGGUGCCUGUUGAAGUAAGUGGACCUCCUGGGCCGCAAGGUGACACACGACCCGGCAACCUCUGUCUUGUCGAGAUGCCGCAGCAUAAUUCGGGCGGCGAGCCUCUUCUCAGCAAAGAGGUCAAAGCGCACCAUUCGACAGUCGACGAGCCUCUUCUCAGCGAAGAGGUCAAAGCGCAGUGCCCGAGGAAAUUUUUCGACCCACGCGAAUGUGGUGCUACACUGCUUUUACCCGCGACCGCGUUCCCCGCAGGGAGCGUCGAUGCUGGGCGUAGUGAACUCCUUGAGCUUCUUUUGUCGGACCACACUAGUGCGAGUUUCACGUUAGUCAGCGUUGCGCAGAAGUCGACCUCGGUUUUCGCAUCGGAGGAACACCUCUCCCGCAGCCUGGUUGCGGGUGCUGUCGAUGAAGCUUACGCAGCCGACUUUCUCGAGGCUGGAAGGCAUUAUCUCCAGAAGAAAGACAUCGAUCCAGACGAAAAUUUUUCCCCGGGUCAUUUCCUCUCGAAGCUCAGGUGCGUUGGGCUAGAAAAGCGGCUGCGCCAGCGAGAGGACGCAUUUUUCAUACGCAAUUUGGCCGCGGUGGUUGCCGCCUGUGGCCGACUUAGUACGGAAGAGGUUGAAGAACAAGCUCCGGAAGAACAAGGCAAUAGGGCGGUGAUUUCCGGAACAACCGACGCUUUGAUGCCCGUUGCCCUUGCUCCAGGAUUUCUCAAUCCCGACGCUUGGCGGACAAGUAGUUCAGUCGCCGCGACACCCGUGACAAAGGUUGACUAUAGCGGUGAAGAACUACCUGGUAGUACCGCAGUAGAUCAUGCGGCACAAGAACUACAACAACCUGAAGUUGUACGAGACAGUAGCAGUUCAACGACCUCCUGGCUACCGCGGAACUGGCUGAGUGGGUCGUUCUUGGCUCGGCUUUCGUCGACACGAGCACGAGGAGAUCAACCAAGCGAACCCGUGGUCGAAGCGGCUAGUUCCUCUCCCCGCGUGGUAUUCUCCUACCUGGGCAUCGUGGGGCCUUGCCGAGAAUUGUUCGGUAACCAGUUGUUUGAUUUCGUAGAAACCCUGCGUUUCGUGGCCGCUCAGGGCCCGACUGCGUUUCUCCAGCUGCCGCGGCUCAGCUACACAGAGCACCAUCCCUUCGACCCGGCCGACUGCACGACUUGCACGCACGAAGACCCAGGGGAAUACUGGAACCAGAUGGGCAGGUACGGAAAAGAAAUUUACAAGGCUACUUUUGCCACCACAAGCACAAGGUUUAUUUGGUAACAAAACUACGUAGCUUGUUACGACUUUGAAGAAAGAACAAAUGCAUCUGGUCAACGGAGAUGGAGAACGGAGGGGAACAUGCAGCAUCGAGGCCGAAUAAGUACAGAUUCCUGCUGUUUUUUAUGUACGUACUUAUUUUCUAUGCUGGACCUGCAAGGCAAGGCUGUCAAUGUGAUGAAGACUGUUGACUACUUACACCUGAAGAUACAGAUGCUGGACAAUGUCAACUUGAAACAACUCAAAGUUGUGAUUCAGAAUACAAAAGACAACGUUGUGAAGAUGGUGAAGAUUUUCUCCUGAUAGCACGGCCUGCGACGUGAAAAAUGGUGGAAGCGUACCACUUUCCGCGCUUUUCGACCUCCAGUUUCUAGACAGGUUCUUGCGGGAACGCUGGGGCAUGGGCGGUUUGGUGGCGGGAGGAAAUGCAAUAAAGGGUGACAGCUCUACUGGUGCGGCUGCGGACGACGGGUUGAUGCGGCUCCUCGAGGAGGCUGGUCACAACUCCGACCAGCAGUUGCAACAAUUUGAUGCUGUGAUUCUCACAGAUGAUCUGCCGCUGGAGAACGACACGGCUGCAGAAUUCGUUUGCGAAAACUUUGUUGUCUCCUCUUCAGACGUCGCCAGACAAGUUGCACCCACGUUACAGCACGAUGACCAAGAAAACUCCGAAUCGUACUCCUACGCAUUUUUCGGGUCGAAGGAGAAAAGCCGGAUCGGCCAGCUCUCCUGCGCCAAGGACUUUUCCAAACCGGGGAAGGUGAACGAAACGGCGGUUUCCAUGGCAGUCCAGCAAGCGGUCCGGCGGGCGGAGCUGCGCGCGAAUCGAGAGGACGAGGUUACUUUUUCGGAUACAUUUAUUUCGUCAGCCGAAGAAAGAACGGGUCAAUUACGGGACUUCGAGGAUGCUCCUACAGCUUCUGAGGGCACCGGCGAGGAUAAAAAUAGAAUUGCAACAGCUUCUUGGGUCCCCCUGCGCGCUACUAGCGCCGCCCUUUCAGAUGAACGCGGUGGCGACGUCGACGAGACGGAAAAAAUUGUGGUGGACGCACAGGGAGUGGGAGCUGCUGCUGUGCGCGAAGGUCAUCAUGAUAUAAUUCAUCCGCCAAGUAGUACCUCUAUCGGUGGUCUUUUCAAAUCCGCUGUGCACAUUGGUUUGUACUUUUAUUUCCUGGAGGAAUACGAAAGUGUCCGCCUGCACUUUGCGCGGUACGGCGGGCUUCGUGCGGAGCUCCUCGGUCCGAGUAUUUGGUCUGCCUUGCGGUUCAGCAAAAAGGUGCGUUUUCUCGGGGAGGAAGUGCGGGCAAAACUCGCAGCUCGGGGAGUUCACCUCGACGCGGCGGUACACUGGCGCCGCGGAGACCGCGAACUCGGCUCACAACCGCGGAAACUUGACCAGUAUCGCGAAGCUACGCCCAUUCGCUUCGCUGAGCUGGUGGGAACGAAACUCGCAUAUGAGGGACCACUCCUAGUUCAGAACACCACCACGACCCGGCCUCGCCAGCUGGAAAAAGUCAUCGAUCAGCGCCCGGCAAAAUCUUCAGAAGCUGCGACUGGCGCUAGAAGUAAUACUGCAAAGACAAAGACCCACCACGACAAUGGAGAACACAAGGCCCCAGUAUUUGAUCCGGAUUCUGUUGCACAGCCUCGCCAGGCGCUCUACGUGAUGUCAAACGAAGACCCUUUCAGCCGUGACAUGUUGCAUUUCGCGCAGCGCAUGCACGCGAAGUACGGCCGCCCUACCGUUCGCGCCUACCUGGACAGCGCGGGCCAACUCGCCAUUGCGGCGUUCCCUCCCGUAAAUUCACCGCCACCAGGACGACUGGCGCGGGCAGUAAGCGCGCCAGAACGAGGAGUCACUGAAAGCGGCCACGACGAGGUAGGAUCAGCCGCACGUCGUGCGGAUGAAGACGAAGAUAGCGGAUAUUUAUCAUCCGCUUCUAAAGAAGAACGCAGUGAAGGUCCGAUGACAGUUAUCCGAAUUGGAGCUGGUUAUUUGGAGCAGCCACUGCAUCCGGUCGAGCUUGUAUCGUGAGAUAAAACUGUCUCAGUCUCAGCUAAGUAGUAAUGCGCAACUUCCACCUUGACACCUUGACGACCUUGAGACGGUUUUUUGUCAUGCGUGACAUGUCUUUCACAUGUCAUGUGUUUUCUUUUGCUGUCUGAACGCAUAUAGAGAUUUCUUGUUUCUUGCUUUGGCAAAGCAAAAAACAAAAAAUCUCCAUUGCACAGUUUGCCAAUUUGUCUUGCUGAAACUGCAAGGGGUUGAGACUGAGACAGUUUUUUCGUACGAUAGUUCCUUGCGCUGGAGAUGUACCUUGCGGCGACUUAUGGAAUGCAAAUGUAUCUAAAUCUAGGUCUGCGUCUGGCCGAGUGCAGAAGUUUCUCAUGCAGCAGAUUCUGAAUGCGAUCAGCCAUUCUGAAUGCACCUUUUGGACUGGAGUGCAGGUCAUAGCAUCACAGAUUUGAGAAGGGCUUAUAGAAAAAUGCAUACUGCUACCCCGCAUGAGAAUUACCGUUGCAGUAUAUUGACCCAAACGGAGCACCUCUUCCUAGCCGCUCAAGACAAAUUUUUCUGUGAGUUUACAGCAGGACGCAUCACAAGUUGGAUUUUUCCAGUCCCAGGCACAUUUGCAGUUCCAUACAACUGCGCCAACGUUCAUCGGCUACGGGGAUGGUAUCGUCGCCGGUUUUUGCUCGGCGCCGAGUCUGAUCGUACACCAAAUGCGGACUCACGCUUACCCGGGGAAGGCUUCACUGUGGGCGUUUGAAAUGGCGCCAACGCGAUGACGUGCUUCCUUUAUGAUUUAGAUGAAAUAUGUUCCGGCAACUACGACGAGCUCAUUCUAAAAAAAGAAGAAGAUCGUCGUGUCUCGAGGCCCUGCAGUUUUUCACGACAGAUUUUAAAGUUGCACGGGCAGGGGAGUCAACGUCGGGUCUCUGCUGUCGGCUGUGAAUCCGUGAGGAAACACCUCGAAAUGCCUCCUGUGUUGUGGAGAAAUGUAGAGCACUGAAUGCUGGAACAAACGUGACUCGCUUCUCUAAUCUAAACAACAAAUACAAGGUUGUAAACUACUGGCUUUGGAAGAUACAAAUAACGACAAAGGCAGUUUUUUGAUAACAAUUCAAGGACGACAGUUUGGUUACUCUGGGUCGGAACAAAGCAUAGUGGAUUCUGCUUGCAAUGUUAGAGACCUGACACCGAACUGAGACGAUGUUUUUGUUCCGAAGGAAACAUCCUACACAAAGUGCAAUGCGGUUUCGUUUCGUCCGACAAAGAAGUUUGCCUGCAAAACAAAGUUGUUGUUCUCUGUGUGGCUACAUCUCAAAAGAG